AUCAUCAUAAUCCUAGCAGUCAUCUUCUUCGUCUCCGGCUUGCUCCACCUCCUCGUCAGAUUUCUGCUCCGUCCUCUGAUCGUCCGGAGCCACGACGUAACGGAUGACGUCACCGCCCUGCAGGGCCAGCUUCAGCAGCUCUUCCACCUCCACGACGCCGGCGUUGACCAGUCCUUCAUCGACGGCCUCCCCGUGUUCAACUACAAGGCGAUUGUCGGCGGCGGCGCGAAGAAGGAUCCGUUCGACUGCGCUGUGUGUCUGUGUGAAUUCGAAGGCGAGGAUAACCUCAGACUCCUGCCCAAAUGCAGCCACGCUUUUCACAUGGAUUGUAUUGACACGUGGCUGCUGUCUCACUCCACUUGCCCCCUCUGCAGGGCGAGUUUGCUGUCUGAAUUCUCUCCGAAUGGGCAUUGUUCCCCCAUAGUUCUUGUUCUUGAAUCUGGUAGUAGCGAGAGUUCUAGAGAGAUCGUUUCGGAUAAUAAUAUUCAUAGGGUGAAUUCCCAUUUGAGUUGUUUCUCCGACGAGGGUUUUAAGGCGGACCCGCCUCGUAAAUCGGGUGAAAUUGUUGUCGAAAAUGAGGAUGAGGGAGAUGAGAGAGAGAAAGUAAUCGAAAAGGUUGUCUAUGUGAAGCUUGGGAAAUUCAAGAAUGUGGAUGGUGGGGGUGGUGGUGGGGGUGAGGGGGGGAGUAGUGAGGGUAAUGCCGAUGCGAGGAGAUGCUUUUCGAUGGGUUCGUUUGCGUAUGUGAUGGACGAGGGUUCGUCGUUACAAGUGCCGAUUAGGACGCCGAUCAAGAAACAAUCUUCGAGCAAGAAACAAUGUCAUAGGGCGGCCGUUUCGGAGUGCGGGUGCGAUUCGAGGAGGGAGUUCAACGGGUUCGAAGCUUUCAAGAUUCUUGAUAUCCAAAGCGAUGGCAAUAUCGAUAAUAAGUCAAUUAGUGGGGGUAGUGGGAGGGAGAGUUUUUCGGUUUCGAAGAUUUGGUUGAGGGGGAAGAAGGAUAAGGGUGUUGUUGGUGGUGGUGGUGGUGUGGCGGAUUCGUCGAGAAGGGCAUUUUCGUUCCGUUUUCCGUUGCACCGGAAUGUUCCGGUUGGUGGCGGCAAGAAUGGGCGGUCGGAAAACGGAGCGAGUGACGACGAGGAAAUUGAGAGCUGUAAUAGUUUGGAUUUUUCGCAGGCGAAUUCAUCGUCUUUUGGUAAAGGGACUCUUUUCUGGCUUAUGGGAAGGCAAAACAAGAUUGUUCAUUCAUCUUUUUCCAGCAAUGUUUAGAUUAUUAAUAUCCUUUUUUUUUAUUUAAUUUUAUUUUUUGCUGCAUGUAAUCUGAUUAUACAUUUUUCCUACUUAGAAUAUAACACAAUAUAAGGCAAUUUGACUAUGAAAAUACAUCUAUUGAAUUGU